AUGACGGAAAUCCCGCGAUGUUUCCGAGGCAACGCGUUGCGAUGGGGGUGGGGCUGAGAAAGAAGCGCUAGAAAGUGUCGCGAGAAUUGAGGCGAACCUCCCGCGAGAGCAGGGUUAUUCUUGGCCCUUCCUCUCGGCGUGUGGUUGGGGUGAGGCUGGGAAUCCGUUCUUCGGGUUUGGUGGGUGUGACUGAGGCGGCGACCCGAUUGGGGUUGGGUUUCAGAGAGCUUGAAGAGAAAGGAGUGGUUGUUUCUUAGCGGUCGAGAUCGCAGGAAGGGUUUUCCGCGGAGGUCAUCCCGCGUGUCCACAGGGAAGGGCUCGACGCCGACGGGGUGACGACAACGCGACUGUCUCGAGGGCGCGGCGGCUGGGUGAAGCGCGCGGGGCGACGACCCCGAAACGUCCUCCUGGCGCAGAGGGAACCCGGCCCGGUGUCCAGGAUGCGGGUAGCAGCUCUCCACUUACUGCCCCCCUGCCCUCAGACACUGCGCAUGAACUUUGGAGGGCAGUGUUACCUCUCCAGGAGAAGCACUGGUCAGCCUUGAUUUCUGUCACUGCUAGAGGCCUUGUUCUGAGAGAGAGAGAGUAAAAUAGGGUGCCUCAGAAGGUUACCACCCAGUGGGCAAGGCAGAGCAGUCGGGUAUGUACAGAAGUCAGAACACGGCUGAGUGUGGGGAAAAGUGGGUCAGGAGAACCUAACCCAGCAGCACAGCUGAAGCCUGAGUCUCAAAGCAAGGUGCUGUUGAGAGCUUUUGCAGAUGAGCUUGUGUAAAGUAGCCAUUCGAGUUUUACAGACCAGCUGAAGUUCAGCAAGGAUAAAUUUCCAGGUGUGAUGUGUCUAGAACUUCUAAAAUCAUACUUAAUGGCUUUUUAUUAUCACAGUUCGAAGGAAUUGUUUACAGAGCUGUAAGUGGAGAGCAACUUAAGUUCGUUUCAAGGCAUUCGAAAUGGGGAAAGACUAUUACGGCAUUCUGGGAAUUGAGAAAGGAGCCUCCGAUGAAGAUAUUAAAAAGGCUUACCGAAAACAAGCCCUCAAAUUUCAUCCGGACAAGAACAAAUCUCCUCAGGCAGAGGAAAAAUUUAAGGAGGUCGCAGAAGCUUAUGAAGUAUUGAGUGAUCCUAAAAAGAGAGAGAUAUAUGAUCAGUUUGGGGAGGAAGGGUUGAAAGGAGGAGCAGGAGGUACCGAUGGACAGGGUGGUACCUUCCGGUACACUUUUCACGGUGACCCUCAUGCCACAUUCGCAGCAUUUUUUGGAGGUUCCAAUCCCUUUGAAAUUUUCUUUGGAAGACGGAUGGGUGGCGGCAGGGAUUCUGAAGAGAUGGAAAUAGAUGGAGAUCCCUUCAGUGCCUUUGGAUUCAGCAUGAAUGGAUAUCCGAGAGACAGGAAUUCUGUGGGGCCGUCCCGUCUGAAACAAGACCCCCCAGUUAUUCACGAACUUCGAGUCUCACUGGAGGAAAUAUACAGUGGUUGCACCAAAAGGAUGAAAAUUUCUCGAAAAAGAUUAAACCCUGAUGGAAGGAGUUACAGAUCUGAGGACAAAAUUCUCACCAUUGAGAUUAAAAAAGGGUGGAAAGAAGGCACCAAAAUUACUUUUCCAAGGGAAGGAGAUGAAACACCAAAUAGUAUUCCAGCAGACAUUGUUUUCAUUAUCAAAGACAAAGAUCACCCAAAGUUCAAAAGAGAUGGAUCAAAUAUAAUUUAUACUGCUAAAAUUAGUUUACGGGAGGCAUUGUGUGGCUGCUCAAUUAAUGUGCCAACAAUGGAUGGAAGGAACAUACCUAUGUCGAUAAAUGAUAUCGUGAAACCUGGAAUGAGGAGAAGGAUCAUUGGGUAUGGGCUGCCGUUUCCCAAAAAUCCUGACCAGCGUGGUGACCUCCUAAUAGAGUUCGACGUGUGCUUCCCAGAUACCAUAUCUUCAUCAUCCAAAGAAGUUCUUAGGAAACAUCUUCCUGCCUCAUAGAAUGAAGAACUUUGUUACCCAUAUUUUGAUAAGGCACUGAAAAUAUAAAAGGACUGACAGUUUAUUGAUGUAGAUGUGCAUUCUGUAUAAAGAUGUGUAAAUUCUUUUGAGGGUUCCUUAAAUUGCAUGGAGACGGGUCAAAUAAAUAGGCAAAAGGGAUUUUUUACAGAUAGAGAUGAAGAGAAAAACUGCUCACUGUAUUUUAUUUCAUUUCUCCCAAAUCAGAAAUUCUUGGUAUUUUGCUUAUGUGUAAACGUUGGUUUUGUGGUAUCCAUAGAUAUUUUUGAAUAAAGUAGUAGACAAUCCAAAUACUUUAUUUCUUACAUCUUUUCAGUAUAAGUUCCCAUUUAUAAUGGAAAUUAAUAAUUCUGAACUAAACUAUGCAUGUCAUAUGCACUUCUAGAAGAGAAUAAAAGUCAAAACCAUUUGGAAAUGUGAUUAUUAGAUUUAGAUCACCUUCUGAAGUGCUACUGCAGGGCCAGUACCAGUAAAUGAAUAAACUGAAGAACAUGUUUCACCAUUUGACUUUUAAGUAUGCUGUCACAUUUCUUAAUAACAGUUGUAAUGUCCUUAAUGCAGACUUUUUCUUUGUAAAAAGUAAGUGAAUGGCUGUUUAUCUCCUGUGGAAAUCCCAAUUGCCUGAAUUACUGAUAUUUUAGAAAUAGACUGUUUUUAAAAUACCAUAUGUAAUUUUAUGUAAGUUGACUAUCUUGAACUUAGUAAAUUAUAGGCUCAUUUUGUCCACUAGUUUAAACUAAUUUGUUUAAUAAUGUUUUUAGAGAAAAUACUGUUAUUUGAAAUUAAUUUUCCAACUAUACAUUCUUCUAUAACUUGCUCAUAAUAUGCUAUAUGUAACCUUAUAUAAUUUCCCUAAAAAGAGUAAACUACCACUAUGGUGUUAAACCAAAAUAUGGGGAAAAUAAAUACUAACUGCUGCUUAUGGAUAAUGUUGCUACUACCUG